AUGCCUAAUAUGUUUGCGCGCCGACGCGGCACUUCCACUUCCACUCCCCCCGUGGAUCCCGUAACUUACAAUGCUGCCGCGGCUGCUGCAGGCUCUGCUUUCCGCACCAACUCCCUGACCGCUGGAUCCCUCUCUUCCGCUGCCGCAGCCGCAGCGUUGCGUACUCAUGCCACCAGCCCAGAGCCUGUCGGCAGUAUCCAGACGAAGCGCAUGGUACGUCGCGGCAGUGUAUCGUCAAUUGGCAGUGGCAGCGUGCUAGGCGGUACCGUUCGCGGAGGCGGCGCAAGACCAGGCUUGCAGCGCAAUACGAGCAGUAGUUCCAUGACCGAGCGCACGUUCAGAUCGCCUUCACCAGGGAGAACGAACGGCGUAACGAGUCCGGAUCCAGACGCUCCGCCUAUACCUCCAGUGCCAAGAGAUAUAUCGACUACGGGCCACAAGCGUGCUAGUAGCCUGGAGCCACCUCAGCGUGUGACGAGCCCUACACCACGCGGUAGAGGCGGCAGAGGAUCGAGCUUGGACCGUGCCAGUCUGCCUCCGCCACCCUCCAAUAGGCUGUCAAAGAGGCUGUCGGGUGUACUGGAGACUGAAGAGACUGAGCGGCAGAGUGGCAACGGAUCCUCCAAUUACUCGCGGCCUAUGGCCCCUCAGCAAGCCACUCAGAGCUCAUCCGAGUAUGUUGGCACGGGUGGAGCGAAAAGGUACACGCACGGAACAGGGUCAUGGUUCUCUCAGCCUGGUGGUUCGGGAUCAGCCGCCAAUGCUCGACCAAGCUCGCGGAGCGGUAUGAGCAGCACACUUGCCGUGCAAUCGCCUACCGGACUUCAAGCUGUGUCUUAUGAUACUCAAGAUACGAUCAUGGAGUAUGACCCGAACUCGCGAACGUUCGUUGCGCGGCCGCGACCGAAGCCAGCAAUCCAACCAGCUUCGGAGCCAAAAGCAACAGCACGACCAACCACCCCAUCACAACUAGCGCCACAAGCACAACCAGCACCACAGCCAGGACACUGGGACCCCAACACUCGAAGUAUAGUCCCUGCUCGAACAGCAAUUGCUCAACCAGCACCGGCAGUAUCUGGCAGUGCAUCCAAUGACGCGCCUAACAAGAAAAAGCAAAAGCCUGCCGUCCCGCCAGUUGCGACGAAGUUGGAACCGCCACCUCGGAAUCCUGCGCGGCUCUCACCUACAAGCUCGUCGAGUCCGGCAUCGCCGCGCAUGCUUGGCAUGCUGCAAAAGCAGCCAUCCAUGGUGCGGGAGGAUCCCGAAGCCGAAGAAGCGGCGGCAAAGCAGACACCGCUGAAGCCUACCGGCGGCACCAUCACCACCUCGGCUGGACCCGCGAAAGCCUACGUAGCACCCACAGCAAUCACACAUCAGCGUUCUACUAGCCUAGACAUACCAAGACAACGAAGCACAGACGGCGCCGGACGCGGUAGGAACGGUUCGAUGUCGCCGAGUCGGUCCGCCCAUUUCUCGGUCAGCCCGGUCAUUGAAGCCAUGCGACAUGACCCACCGCCACGGUCCGUCUCCCCUGCGAAGUCCGCGCUCAAGCACUCUCCAAAUCACAACGCAAGGCCCACUUCGCCGAUGGCUUUCUCGUCAUUGUCCGGAGCUGCGAAUAAGGUGCCACCAAGCGAUGCGUCUGACGUGGGGUCUGAGACGUCAGAGGUGGGUGUUAAGAAGGAAAAGAAGAAAGCGCGAGUCAGCUUUGAUGAGCAACCGCAGGAGAUUGAUGCCGCGGGAGCUGUGGCCAGCCCAAAGGCGAUCACUGCCGCGCCAAACGCGCUUUCUAACGCAUCAGCGUCACGGCGGGAUUUGUCGCACGCUGUUGAGGACGACGAUUUCGAUAGUGCAACGCUGAAGCAACGACCUGCGCUACCGAGCUUUGCUAGUGCUCGCAGACCUGCGCGAGCGGAAAUGCCGGAGAAGGUCACUGAGAUGGCGCCGGAAAGGGAGCCCGUCGGUAUUAGCAGUGAUCACGCAGUCAGCCAAGCAUUUACGAAUGCGAAGCCAGAGCCUGCUGCACAGCCAAAGGCGCCCGAAGUCGCCAACAACAAGCAGUCCGCAGCUGCUGAUGAUUAUGUGAGCGAAGAUGAGUCGUCAUUCCAGCCGGACAUCUCGAGUACGCCUGCAAAGCCUGCCGCUAAUGCUGUCGACCCGAGAAGAGUAUCGGUUGAUGAAGCGGACGGGCCGGUGUCUAAGACGCGAGACUUUGCGACAGAGGCUGCGCAGAGGCUCGCUCCUGCCGCCGAUCCAGUACCGGAGCCGACGCAGGAGACGGUGAAAAAUGCGACGGAAGUGCCUGCGAUAAACCUUCUACCACCCACUCCGGGCGAGGAACCGAGGAAGAAUCUGGGUGAGGAGGAUCAUCCCAAUCCAAGAAGCAGCAUGGAGCAAUUCGUGGUGCCCGGUGGCUGGUCGGCUGAGGAAGGCAGUGAUGAUAAGGUCGCUGCUGCUAUCUCCUCUGCUCAACCUGCUACCGCCACGGAACCUACGCCCGCGCCCGAACCCAAAACGUUGUCGAACGAGGCUCCCUUGAUCGACUAUAGGAGGCCUUCUCCGAUUUUGGAUGCAUUGACGGAGGAGAGCGAUGAUAAUGCCGAGUUCAGUGACGCUGCUGAAGACCUGUCAGAUCUGGAUGAUGGUGGGUUUGCGAGUCUGGACGCCAUCGUAUCCUCGCCCGUUGUCCCAUCACCGAGCGACAAGGGCAAGGCGCCCGAGGUGCUGGAGACCCCUACAAAGAAGGCACCAGCUGAACAAGCUUUCCAGAAUGGCGCAGAGGCAGCGGAUGUGGGUGACUGGAGCCAAGCGACCGCGUACUGGAGCCAGCUAAGCAAAGCGCAGCGGGAGGAGAUUGAGAGGCAGCAUCUGAGCAGCGACGACGAGGCUACGCCGGCGCCUACGGUGGCGAAGCGGAAGAAGAAGACUGUACCGAAGGCUUCCGGCUCGCCGACGAUCGUGGCGAGGCCACAAGACGCACCGCUGCCGCAGCAGCCCAGUAUGCCGAGGACGAUGCGCGCGAAACCUGGUCCUAAUCCUGCUCCAGCGACUGCACCUGCACCUACACCUGCGGCAGGUCAUGGCCCAGACAGCGACGUGCAUCUGCGCCGCUCGCUACGUGGCAACACGACCGCCAAUGCUGGCGAAGCGAUGCCUAGGACGCUGCGCUCGCACCCAUCCCAGCAACCACGCCCGCAGUCCGAGGUCAUCCAGCCGAGUCGACGGAGUGAUGUGAGUCAACGGCCUAUGUCUGCAGGUGGUUCCGGUCCUCAGCCGUCGCGUCUUGGUGUUAAUGGUCUACCUGUUCGACCGAGAACGACACGCAUGGACAGUGAAGAUAGUAUUGGCACGCCCAUCGCGAGUCAGGACUCGGCUUUUCCCAAGAUGCAGGCGAAGAGACAGGCGGCAAUGGCUGGGCAGAAACAGACUCCGCCGACGCGAACGCCUGCACCUGUGUCGUCCACGAAAGCGGUUCCGCCUCCGGGCGCCUACACUGCUAAGCUACAGCGCAAAGUGACUGGAGGCGAGGACUCAGAUUCCGAGAGCUCGUUCAAGAAGCGGCGACAGCGGACGAACGUCGAUACCUCAGGGCGGUACAAUAUGCGCCGGAGUAUGCGCAGUACUCCUGUCGACGAGCCGCAAGGGCCUCCUCCUGGCAUCAGGCCAUCAAGUCCACCUCCAGGUGCGCCGAGGGGCGGUGGCGCGUUUAGCAUCCGUUCAUUGUCGCCUUCGGGUGGGUCGGUGUUUGGGAGAGGCCGAGGGGAGAAGUUGAGGGAGAGUCUGAGAAGUGGGAGUGUGGAUGCUGGGGCAGGCAGGAGGACGACUAUGAGAGGCGAUCCGCCGGGUGGUGGGGCUGGUAGAGGUGCAAGGGCCGUUCAAGCUGCUCCUGCACCCGCGAAGCCUCGCUUCAGGAGCCGUUUCGGCGACUCGGAUGACGAAGGUGAGAGUGCUCGGCCGGGGCGGUCGCUGUUUAAGAGCCGGUUUGCGGACUCGGAUGAUGAAGAUGAGCCUCGCUCGCCGCGGGUCAUACCGGCCGACUUGACACCAGUGCGUGGCAUACCACGCAAGCAGGGACAGAACGAUGGCGACUCCACGGAUUUGGAAGACGAAGAAGAUGAGGACGAGGAUCCGCGCAAAGCGAGCAGAAAGCGGGCCAAGCAAAACAAGCCCAUCGUACCGAAUCCGGCGGACGUGGAAAAGGCUAUGGAAGCCGCGAGACGGAAGCUGGGUAUUGCUGCCCCUACCGCUCCUACCGCUCCUGCGGCAGAAAUCAAGGCGCCGGAGACGCACCAGGGCGAGGCGUUGAGUAAAGGUAGCUUGAGAACGCCUGCUACUGCCACCGGACAGUCAACGUUCGAGAAACGGCAGGCAGACGAGCCACAGUUCGACGGCAUACCGGAGAAGAAGCGACGUGGAUUCAUGGGGUCCAUACUCAAACGAAACAGAGACUCGAGCACAAGCGUACAGCAACGGUUUGCACUACCCAGUAGUCCCGCCGCUGCCUCGCCGCCAAUGCCAUCCUCUCCGCAGAUGUCGACCGUGCCCCAGGAACCCAAAUCCGCAAUCGAGAGGCCAAUGUCCCCGAGCCCGUUCACGAAGCUGGUGCGCCGCAGUUCGCAGCAACCAAAACCAGUCCAGCGCGGCGACUCGAGUUUCUCCACUGCCACGGCGCCAGCGACACUGCACCGGAAGGCUAGCGACCAGUGGCCAUUAACCCCACCCGUACCCGCCAUACCCACCCAGCACCUCAACGGAGAGCGUGACAGACCCACCACUUCCGACAGCGCCAAUACGGACGCCAUCAGAAUUCUCCGCACCAUGCGACCGGACGCCGGCGACCGAUCUGCUAGCAGCGGACAGAUGCCCGGCUUAAGCAGGCGCGAAUCGGCGCAACGAAGCGUUGGUUUUGCGCCAGGCAGCAAGGAGAGUGAUGGGGGCAGCCAGCAAGGGGAUGUAGGUAAGGUCCAGACUCAGGCUCCGGCUGCGGAGGUGUACAGUCGGCGGACAGGGAAGAAGAAGAAGUUUGGGAUGUUAAGGAGGGCUUUCGGGUUGAAUGAUUGA